AUGGGCGACGACCUCGUCACAGCGACCUCUGUGGAUCUGUUGAGCGGUGGAGCGACCCUUCCAUGGAAGGUCCAUCCUGGCGUCGAGAGGAUUUAUGACAAAGCUUUGAAGAGCUACGUUUAUCAAUUGCCAGCGAACGGCAGUCAGGCAGUGAUGCAAUUGCCACACGAUGGCAAAGACCUUGGGAUCGUUCAACCAUUCUUGGUCUUCCAGCUUUUCCUUCCUCAGAACUACCGAGCCUGUCUUCUGGAAGUAGCCAUUACAGACACCACCUCGGCGCGGCGCUGGUUGCUCCUUGGCGCCUCCACGGAGGAGGCACAUACCACGAUGCGAUUUGCGAGACUUCCCCUACUUGGCCUUCCCAGAGGGAUGUGGUUCAACCUUUGUGUGGACCUGCAGUCAUUAGUCGACGGAGCCUUCGGGCAGGAGGUCAAGUCAGUGGAUGGCAUUGUGAUCCAUCCGGAAUGUAGGCUUCGGAAGAUCUUCACACUUCGAAGUUUGCCCAACACAGCAGAGGUCUUGGAUGGCCAUAUGAUCAAGGUGGAUCUGUCAGGACUUCCUUCCGCCAAAGAUCGUCUCGAUCAGAGCGAGGAACGGAGAGUUAGCUUGCCGCAUCUUCCAGACUAUGCAGGAAUUGAUACAAUGUUCGUUAUGAAUGCAGACCGGGUGCCCAACCUUGAGAAAGCGGAGGCUCCAGCUGCCCCUCGCGCUCAUCCUUUGCAACGGCGACCUGCAUUGCAACCCUUGCAGCCUGCGGAGUCUCUAUCACCACCUCGGUCACCAGUGAAGAACGACACGCGCAAUGAGGAGAUGCCCAAGCGACAUGAUGAUCUUCCUGGCAUCGCCGAGCGAAAGUCAUCCAAGUUGACAAGCAGUACAAAGACAUCAAAGACUCAGAAGGUUCCUGCCAUCACAGUGGCAGGAUCUGCAGGUGCCUGUUAUGGCCACCGACCCCUUUCCAAGCAGAAGUUUGGAAGUGGAUACAACCAGCUCCCAGACCGUACCGUGAAGGUGAAAGAGCCCAAGGGCCUGCGCACUGCGCGAGGCAACAAGGAGCGCUUGCCCCAGACCAGGAAGUUGCGUCCCUUGCCACUGGAGAUGAAGGAAGACGGAACUUGCCAAGGCAUCCAAGGUGCAUCACAGCCCUCCAGUUCCGGUAGUGAGACCUUGGGGUCCAGCAGGCGGGAAAGGAAGACAUCAAAAGGAAGAGCCACUGAAGAGGAGCAUGGCGACUCAGUGACCCCCUCGCCGACAGCAGCCAAGCGGCGAGCACAGAGGAAGCUGCACAAGACAGCAGAGAUCUAUGGCGCACCUGACGCUGUGGGGCACACCUUAAGGUUGCCACAUGCAUUGCCUCGUUUCGAGCGAGCGGAGGUGAAUGCUGGACGUUCCGACACGCAAGUGCCACUGCCGACCCCCAGUUCUCUGGAUCCGUUGGUAAAGACCGCUGCAUUGGCCGACAUUCAGCUCAAGCCGCUUAAUGUUAUCUCAAAGGUGAAUGCUGUACGUUGCGACACACAGGCUUCACCGCCGAAGAAAGAGAAUUCCCUGGAUCCUUUGGUUAAGACUGCUGCAUUGGCUGAUAUUCAGCUCAAGCCUCUUAAUGAUAUCUCAAAGGUGAAUGCUUGUCGUUCAGACAACCAGGCUUCACUGCCAAAUGCUUCAAAUUCCUUCGAUCCUUUGGUCAAGCCUACCUUGGCCGACGUCCCGCCUAAGCCAACCUUUGAUUGGUCAAAGGUGCUUCAGUUCGCCAUGGUGACGGCCCCUCAUUUGCUUCCCUCUUUCGUGCAGGCCAAGUCGGUCCAUGCCUUGCAACGUGCCAUGGAUCCCGCCUCAUCUGGCGCAGCGCCAAAGCGCAGUUCUAAGCGAAAGUUGAAGGUUAAGGGACAAAAGUUGCAGGACGGGGUGCCUCCAGCGGAGCCCCCUUACCCAAAGAAGCGGAAGGCGACAAAGUCGACGAAGGCGACGAAGUCAGACGCGAAGUCUGUGGAGGUCUCCGCCAAGGCCUAUAGGGCCAAGCAUGCCAUCGUGGUGCAGAAGAGCUGCCUGGCUCCCCUGGCCACAUUCCAGCAAGCGAGAAGCAGCCUGGGUGAUGAUUUGGUGAAAGCCAUGGAAGAACAAGGAUAUACAGCUCCAACUCCCAUCCAGGCGCAAGCAUGGCCCAUAGCACUGCGUGGCCAUGAUUUGGUGGCCGUGGCCAAGACUGGCAGUGGAAAGACGAAUGGCUAUUUGCUUCCUGCUAUGGCUCUCAUUGCCAAGAGGGGCCCCUGCAAGAGCCAUGGGAAACACAAAACUGGACUUGAUGAACGACCCCCCGCACAGCCCAGCAGCUUGGUUAUGGCGCCCACCCGCGAGCUGGUUCAGCAGAUUGCCGUCGAAGCCAAGAAAUUGGCGCCCGUGGUCUCUGCGCGAGUGCUGGGCAUCUUUGGAGGUGUGGGAAAAGGACCGCAGGUGUCAGCUUUGAAGGCCGGAGUGGAUUUGCUGUGUGCUACCCCCGGGCGCCUUCGUGAUUUUAUGACUGGAGACAAGACGAAGGCACCUGUGUGCCUUGUCGACUCCGUGAGCUACUUGGUCAUGGAUGAGGCCGAUCGCAUGUUGGACAUGGGCUUUGAACCCGAGAUUCGCCAAAUCAUCGCCAACUGCCCAGCAUCAGGUGCUGCUCAGGAGGUCUUGUCUGGUGAGGCACGACAGACCCUGUUCUUCACGGCCACAUGGCCACCAGAAGUGCAGCGAAGUGCGCUACACUUCACACAUCAGGCAGUGAAGAUUCAGGUAGGAGGAGCUUCCAAAGAGACCUCUGCUGGGCUGGCCACUAACAGCAACAUCAAGCAGAUGGUGCGAGUGGUGAAGCACGACGACAAGAUCAUUGCUUUGAAGAAAGUCAUUGUUUCUGACCUGAAACCUGGAGAAACGGCCAUCGUCUUCGCAGGCCGAAAGCAGACGUGUGACGCCUUGGAGAAGGAGCUCACCUGGGAUCCCAUGAAGGCUGAAGCACCCAUUUGCGCCUGGUGUCGAGCCCUGCAUGGCGACAAGGAGCAGCAGGAUCGUCAGAAAGCCCUAGCAGCUUUUCGUGCGAUCACCGAAAACCCAAGAAAAGGACAGAAAGGUGUGUUGAUUGCCACGGAUGUUGCCUCCCGUGGACUUGAUAUUCCUGGAGUUGCGCUGGUGGUUAUCUUUGACUAUGCGGAAUCUUCGACGGCCAAGGAAGCGGCCGAGAGCUACGUGCACCGCAUCGGGCGGACAGGCCGUGCUGGCAAGGAGGGGCGAGCUAUCACCUUCUUCUGCCCAGAGAAGGACGUGGGUGCGGAACGCCUGUGCCAACUUCUACGAGCUGCCGGUCAGGAGGUGCCUCAGAAAUUGGAGGAACUCGUGUCGGAAGCGUCUCGUGUUGAGGAUGCCAGAAGAUCCAAAGAGAUCAAAGGCAAAGGCAAAGGGAAAGAAGCAAAAGGCCGUGGCAAGGCGAAGCUCAAGGGCAAAGGCAAAGGUUCUCCUGCGGAGACGGGCACCACGGAAGGAUGCAGGGCACGAAGGAGACUUUCUGACAAGAGAGGUGAACUGGAUCCACUAAGUGGAUUUGGUGAUCAGCCACGGGCAUCGCAACUGAGUACCAUCGUACCGAUUCAGUAG